UUUGUUCUAUUCCAGUGAUUUCGCCCGGAGAGCUUCUCCCCUCGCAGAAACGGGGGUUCUGGCGUAGAUGCAGGGUGCAUUGUUUCACGAAAAACAAAAGAAAAAGCCUGUUAAGUUUUCAGGGCAUUUUUGACCUUGGUGACGAGGGGAAUGGUGAAAUAUUUGGGGAGAUUCCCGAAGCGAGCAGGAUUAGCGCAAUGGAGUCUUCAUGCGCAGACGAAGUUGUAUUUACCAGGAACGCGCGCGAACUUUCAAACGGUGAAAGUUCGCGUUUACGGGAGGUCUUCUUUCCUUCCUACAGUCGAGUUUCCCUGAAUAUAAGUCAUGGAAGGUUGAGUUACAUCCACUCAGUCUGUUGAAACGAUGUGUAUUCGUUGGCCGAAUGGAUGUGAAAAUCGGUUCACUACCGGGGGGCCUUAUAUAUACGCGCGCUUUUCUUGAAAUCUCAGUGAAACAAAAUUUUUACCGCGCGGAUUCAUUUGAAUUAUUGAAAUCAGGGCAUAUUGUUCGGGAUUAUGGCUGUUUUUGAACGUAAUACUUGCGUGGAGAGCGGUGUGAAGAUGGUGGUUGAGAUGACCGCUGGAUUCUGCACUUGUUCUUCGCCGUAAAAGUUUAUGUGCGGAGUGAUGUCGUGAAUUAGUAGCGAUUUUUAAUCUUCGUACUCCUCGGAAUCUCUACUUUUAGCAAACCAUCCGUGGCUGUGCUUAGGAAUACGUGUCUGUAGCGAGAAAUCUGAAGAUGGUGCUUGAACUGGAGCAGAUGGGGCGAACCUUCGCGAGGAUAACGUUCAACGGUGUCAAGGACAAGGGAGCCGCUCCUCCGCCUUCUUCCCCAAGGCUAGUGGGUAAUAAUGAGUCGCAGGAUCCCGACUGUUGCGAACCGGAUGUCUGGUCGCAGGCCUUCUUCGCCAAGAAGGCCAGGAGUCUGUGCUCGGAAAAGUCGUUGCGGAGAGCGUUUCCGGUCGCCAACUGGUUGCCGAAAUACACCAAGCCGGAUGACAUCAUCGGAGAUCUCAUUGCCGGUAUCACGGUUGGAUUCACCAUCAUUCCACAGGGCAUCGCGUUUGCGGAAUUGGCAAUGAACGGAUUCGUGGUGGAGUUUAUUUCUGCACCCGUGACAGCUGGCUUUGUGACUGCCGCCGCUAUUGUGAUCAUCUUUAGUCAGCUGAAAAUUAUUCUCGGCAUCAAGGGAAUACACGGCGAGGAAUUGUCUACGAUGAUUCCAGGGUUGUACGGGAAAUUCCACGAGACGAACCCUUAUGACGCUUGCAUGGGCAUUGUUUCUAUCAUCGUCCUCCUGUCCAUGAAGUACGGGUUGUACUCGGGUUUCCUGGGUUCUCUCGUGUACAUACUUCUGGGAACCGUCAAGGAGAUCACCAUAGGACCAGCUGCUGUUAUUUGCAUUCUCUUGGGUGGGGCCACUGCCGACUUCGACAAGGAAUACGUCGUGACGUUUAGCAUUUUACUGUGUCUCAUAUCUGGACUAUUCUGCAUGGCUAUGGGUGGAUUCAAGCUCGGAUUCGUGGUGGAGUUUAUUUCUGCACCCGUGACAGCUGGCUUUGUGACUGCCGCCGCUAUUGUGAUCAUCUUUAGUCAGCUGAAAAUUAUUCUCGGCAUCAAGGGAAUACAUGGCGAGGAAUUGUCUACGAUGAUUCCAGGGUUGUAUGGGAAAUUCCACGAGACGAACCCUUAUGACGCUUGCAUGGGCAUCGUUUCUAUCAUCGUCCUCCUGUCCAUGAAGAAAUUGAGGGACGUCAAUUUGAAAGACGUCGUGACGAAUCCGACAGCAGCAAAGGCUUUAAGCAAAAUCCUAUGGACAAUUUCUGCUGCGAGGAACGUCAUCUGGCUUUUGGUUUGCUCAACAAUUGCCAGUGUGAUCAACAAUCGUCGCGGAGAAAAUGUUUUCAGCCUUACACAGCGUGUCAAAAUCAGUGGAAUUCCGGUGCCGCGGUUGCCAGAGUUUCACAUCCCAGCCCAUAAUGUGACCAUCGAUGGCCAUCACGUUCGGUAUGUGCCGGAAAUGGGUUUCUGGGAUAUCCUUGUGCACGGUGGAUCCAUUCUUUUCGUCAUCCCCAUGAUCUGUUUGGUUGAGCAAAUCGCUGUGUGCAAAUCUUUCGCCAAAGCGAAGCCAGUUGACGUGAAUCAAGAGUUGAUGGCAUUAGGAAUCAGCCAAACAAUGGCAGUGUUUUUCCAAAGCAUGCCAGUGACUGGGUCCAUUUGUCGCAGUGCAGUGAAUGCCGUUUCUGGAGUGCGGACACCUUUCGGUGGUUUUUGGUCUGGUGCCAUCGUGUUGUUGGCGUUGUCGUUUUUCACGCAGUAUCUGGAAUACAUCCCAAAGUCGACACUGGGUGCAAUUGUUGUUUGCGCUGUCAUCCACAUGAUUGAGUAUGAAGAGACGCUGCACAUUUGGCAAACCAAGCGAAGAGACAUGUUGCCACUGGUGGUGACCUUUUUCGCUGCAUCUUUCAUUGGACUAGAAUGGGGUUUCAUGAGCGGCGUGGUCAUCAAUAUUCUUAUGUUGCUGUACUUCGCUGCCACUCCUCGUGUGCCCAUUCUGAAAUUCAAGUUGACGGAGGAUAAGAGGGUCGUGGUUCUUCGUCCAGACCGAUCCCUGCAUUACCCCGGCGUCGAAAAGGUGCGCAAUUUGCUGAGCAAAAAGGCCCUCAUGCACAAGGACGCCAUGAUUGUGGUUGACUGCAUCAACCUCAUUGACAUUGACUUCACGGGUGCCAAGGGCCUGGGUUCUGUCGCGGCUGCUUUGCGGGAACGCAGUCAACAAAUCGUCUUCGUCAAUGUGCAACCCAACAUCAACCGAGCCCUCCGGGGUUUCACCCACGGCGAUGUGGACACUUUUGAAACUGCUCAGGACUGGAUUGACACGCUUUCGGACACGAGGAAUCGUCACACGCUCCACCGGACAUUGUCCAACCCUGAAGGCCGGAAGCGUUGUGAUUCGACGCACUUGUUUGACGUUGAAAUCAGUCCGGAAGCAAAAGAACUUGACGUUGAAGGUGUCGACGUCGAGGAGGAAAUUGACGACGGUGAUCUCGACACUUCUGGAUACAUUGACGACAACGGAGUCGACAUACGAUUGUGACACACCUUGCGCGUUUUUUUUUCUCAAGCGCAUUGUCUUAUUUU